AUGUCGGCCUUCGAGAAGCCUCAGAUCAUCUCCCAUAUUCAGAAGGGCCUCAACUACACGGUGUUUGACUGUAAGUGGGUGCCCUGCAGCGCCAAAUUUGUGACCAUGGGCAACUUCGCACGGGGCACCGGCGUCAUUCAACUGUAUGAGAUCCAGCACGGGGACCUAAAGCUGCUUCGGGAGAUUGAAAAGGCCAAACCCAUUAAGUGUGGAACAUUUGGUGCAACAUCUUUACAGCAGAGAUAUUUAGCUACUGGAGAUUUUGCUGGAAACCUUCAUAUAUGGAAUUUGGAAGCUCCAGAGAUCCCAGUAUAUUCUGUAAAGGGCCAUAAAGAAAUUAUAAAUACCAUAGAUGGUGUAGGCGGACUGGGAAUUGGGGAAGGUGCACCUGAAAUCGUGACUGGCAGCCGAGAUGGAACUGUGAAGGUGUGGGACCCAAGGCAAAAAGAUGAUCCUGUUGCCAAUAUGGAACCUGUACAAGGAGAAAACAAGAGAGACUGUUGGACUGUGGCAUUUGGCAAUGCUUAUAAUCAAGAGGAGCGUGUUGUUUGUGCUGGCUAUGACAAUGGGGAUAUCAAACUGUUUGAUCUCAGAAAUAUGUCAUUGCAGUGGGAGACGAACAUAAAAAAUGGGGUAUGUAGCUUGGAGUUUGACAGAAAAGACAUAAGUAUGAAUAAAUUGGUAGCUACAUCACUGGAAGGAAAGUUUCAUGUUUUUGAUAUGAGAACACAGCAUCCAACCAAAGGUUUUGCCUCUGUUUCAGAAAAGGCCCAUAAAUCAACUGUGUGGCAAGUCCGACACCUGCCACAGAACAGAGAGCUCUUUCUGACUGCUGGAGGCGCUGGCAGCCUUCACCUCUGGAAGUACGAAUACCCUAUUCAGCGGUCAAAGAAAGAUUCUGAGGGAGUAGAGAUGGGAGUUGCCGGCUCCGUCAGCCUUCUGCAGAAUGUCACCUUGUCUACCCAGCCCAUUUCCAGUUUGGACUGGAGUCCAGAUAAAAGAGGUCUCUGCAUCUGUAGUUCAUUUGAUCAAAUGGUAAGAGUACUGAUUGUUACAAAACUCCAUAAAAUUUGA